AUGAUGGACCAGGAACCGGCGCUUGAUGACUGGAGCCUGGAGCGACGAACCGUGGAUGAGCGGCCCACUGCGCGGCCCGUGACGCGCGGCCGAGGCCAUCGGCAGGGGCCUGCGGAAGAAAAGGCGCGGAGAGUGGUCUUUGUGGAUCAUCACCACGUGCACCACCACCACCACUUCCAUGCGCCCACUGAUUGGGAUGGUGCCCCGGGUGAUUUGCCACCUGAGUCGCUGCAGCGCUGUCAGGAACAGAAGGCCGAGCAAGAUGUGGAGCGAUGCAUGGAGCAGACAGGACCAUCAGCGUCUGCGGCUCCGCAGCCUCCCAAGCAGGGACGCCCGCGAAGAAGGCGGAAUGCGCCUGGACGCUGCGAGCCGGUAGAGGGCGCAAGCAUCGACCUCUUGGAGCAGUCGCUGGCUCUGAACCUUCCCAGCUUGCAGAGUACCUUUAGCACCUUCGGGGCCCAAGGAGGUCCCUCCGCAGACGUGGCCCUGGCAUCCGCCGAGGCCUCUUGGCUAGCGGGGGUGUCGAACCCGCUGCCGGCCACAAACAGUGUGGCACAGAAGCGGCAGCCCCCAGAGCUUCAGUUGCAGCAGUACUUUGAGGUUAUGUCCUGCCUGCCCAUGGAGACCCGCCUGAAGCUGUCACCCUAUGCAGUGAAGUUGGGUGCUCGUUGA